AUGUCUCGUCACAGAUUUGUACGCAAUAUCAAUAUCCAAGAGGAGCUCGAGGACUAUGUAUCGGAUGGCGGAGAGGAAGACAUGGACCCUGCAGAAUACGGCAAGUAUCCCUUCGGCACACACUUGCGCCAUGUUGACCUCAUUGCAGAACAAUUGAUUCUGGGGCUGGAGCAAGUCAGAGUAGCGAUCGGAUCCCCAGAACAGUCAGGCCUGUCAGACCAGGAGGUCAAGGAUGCCCUGUAUUACUACCAGUACGACGUUGAUAAGAGCGUCAACUAUCUCCUGGAGGAGCAGGAGAGGAAGAGAGCAGCUCAAGAGCGCAAAGACCCGGUAGAAAAGCCUCUACCGCCUGUGCCCCAAGACGACGAAACCGAAGCCCUAGACUAUCAACCUGUAUACCCUAGCUUUGUCCCCCCUGCCAUGUCAGGUAGAUCCAACAUCCCGCUCAUACGAUUGGCGCAAAUGCAAGCCGAAGAACAGGAUUUUGAUUACUCGGAGCCCUCGCCUGAUUUUGUCCACACAAAUCUCAGUACGAUCGAGGAGAAGACCGAGCGCUCUGAGUCUGAUGUUAGUCUCACACCACGUCCUCGGGUGCCCAAUCUACCGCGUGUCUCGUACGCUACUUCGAUGACAUCAACGACAGACUACGGGCAAGUUAUUGAACGCACAUUGCCGAAUCCUAACGACGUUGUUCCGUCUCCAUCAACAUCGGCGCUUCAACGACUAUCAUAUCAUGAGCCUGCUCCCUCCGCAACUCCCUCUGGGUCACGAACUCCAUCCUCCAAGUCUCCCGAGCGAGGCACGCCUGUCCCUGUCCCUGCCAUGGAGUCCAUCCCGGAUAUACCUUCGAUAUUGACGAAGAAGUCCACGAUAAAGCCUGCUAGCGAGAAGAAGUCCAAGCUCUCUUCCCUCGCGAGUUCAAGGUCGAGUGCUCGGUCGAGCGCGAGCAGUAUCAGCUCGGGGUCAUACACAACGGACGACGGGGACGAGUCUCUCAUGACUUAUCCUGGUCUCAGACCCUCCGCCGCAUCCAUGAUGUCCUUCGCCAAUGAUGUCGACGACGCAUCCACUAUCACUGGUUCAUCGUCCAUGUCGUCCCACGUCCGUCGAGCGAUAGCAACUGCGCUGGAGUUGGAGGCUGUCGAUCAGGCCGUUGACAAUACGACACCUAUAGCUGGUGAGACUGCGCCACCGCCCCCGGGGCACUCUGUCGAGCAGCCUAGCCCCGCCCCAACUCGCAUAGAGAUACCAUCCCCUCCACGGCCUCAGGCGCCAAAACCUCCCCGUCGGGUAUCUCCAGCGGUCACAGCAACGCGCGAGUUGAGUCUGGCUCAGCCCUCAUCUCCACCACGAGACACCCAGUCAAGCAUAUCCACACAAUCCGUCGGGAAGCAGCCUUCCAAACUGGCCAUGUUAGCCCAGGCCAAAGCUGCGCAACAGCAGGGGCCGUGGUUGCCGAAGCCGAAGAAAGCAGCUCCUCCACCAUCUCACACUUCGUCAGUCUUGAACAAGACCCAUACCAAAUAUUUGCAACCCGUGGCCAACGGCGGCACUGCAACGACAGCUAUCACGACCUCCUACCAGACCUUCAGCAGCCUUAUGUCCAAAGAUCGGUCUAUGCUGCCGCCUUCGAUACCACCGGUCGCGCAGACGCCUGAUGCGUUGUCGCCGCGAAUAAGUAGUACGAAGGAAACAAAGCCGUCAAAGCUGACGAUGAAGAGCAAGGCUGCGCAGCGAAAGGCUGGACGUGAAUCCGAGCCUGUCCCUGAGGAACCACCGGCUGCACCGUUAUCACCAUUGUUCUCGCCACAAGCUACCCGCUCUCGUGCGUCACCCUCGCCGUUCGCCUCUAUUCUCGUCGAAGAAACCGCUCUGAUGACAAUCCAAGACACCGACAGCCAACACACGAGUCGCAUGGAGAGAUCGUCCAGUCGGUCACAGGGUAGUGCAUCUCAACACAGCUCGACGCGCAGCAAGUCAGAGAAGUCGAAACGCUCGAGCAAGCGCGACAGCUUGCUCCCUCCAGCCCCGGAGUUGGCAGCUCUUCGCGGCUUCGCCUUUGACGUACCUAGCCCGGAUGACAUCGUCUUCAACGCUCGGCGGGGGACAUCGCUCGCGCCACGCUCUGUUUCCGCUGCCAAAGAGCGCGAGAAAGCAGCCAAGUUGGCGCAGUCUAAGAAAGAUACGUCACUGGCAAAACCGACGAAGAAAGCUACAAUCGCUGCGACCGGCCAGAAUCCACCCGCUAAACAAACGAGUGGUCAGGCCGAGAUGGACAUAUCCGGUCUGAACCUAGCACCCAAGGACGAACCGAUUGUGGAGGAAGAACCGCCGAAGGUUGCCAUUGCCUUGGAUAAGCUCCUCGAGCAAGUGAAAGCAGAACUGCAAACUCAAGAACAGGCCGAGAGGCGCGGUCUGAGUCUUGUUGUGAUCGGUCAUGUCGACGCGGGCAAGUCAACCCUCAUGGGUAGACUGCUAUACGAGCUUGGGCGCAUGGACGAGAAGAAGCGAAUCGCCAAUGAGCGUGGCAGUAGUAAGAUCGGAAAGAGCAGUUUCAGUUGGGCCUGGGAACUCGACGGUACUACGGAGGAGCGUGAACGUGGUAUUACCAUGGACAUCGCUCUGCAAUCUUUAAGCACGCCGCACAGGGAGAUCACGAUUCUGGACGCACCCGGACACAAGGACUUCAUACCUAACAUGAUCUCCGGAGCCUCGCAAGCCGAUUCCGCUCUUCUCGUCGUUGAUGCUGCGACAGGUGAAUUUGAGGCAGGCUUCCAAAGAGGCGGGCAGACGCGGGAGCAUCUGCUCCUCGUGCGGAGCUUGGGUGUAAGCCAAGUCGUCGUCGCCGUCAACAAGUUGGAUCAGGUGCAAUGGGAAAAGACGCGUUAUGAGGAGAUAUGCGAUGCUCUAACACCGUUCUUGAUUCACUCCGGCUUCCAUCCUUCCAAAACCAAGUUCGUCCCCGUCGGCGCAAUGGCCGGCAUCAACCUCACGACCCGGCAAGGUCCUGAAGCUGCAACCCUAUCCAAGUGGUACUCCGGUCCUACGUUGACAGACCUCCUAGACGCUUUGGAGCCUCCAUCACGGAACGUAACUGCACCACUACGGUUCCCAAUUUCCAAUGUCUUCAGAGAACAGGGUGCUGGACUAGGGGUUGCCGGUCGUAUAUGCGGCGGCGUCGUGCAAGUGGGCGAACGCCUCCGCAUCCUGCCUGGAGACGGAACCGCGGUCAUAAAGUCGAUCAUGAGUGACGACAAGAGCUUGCCUUGGGCGAUUGACGGUGCCAACGUCAUUCUCUACUUGACGUCCGUCGACCCUGCCCACCUUGCCAUCGGGAGCGUCCUUUGCCGCCCUUCCGAUGUCAUUCCGCUAUCUAUCUCUUUCACUGCGAGGGUCAUCAUCUUCGACAUCGACAUACCCAUCACCGUCGGGGCAUCGGUCGAACUCUACCACCACUCACACGACGUCCCCGCAUCCAUCUCGAAACUCCUCGCAACACUAGACCGAGCCACCGGCACAGUCAUCAAGAAUAAUCCUCGUGUUCUAACGAAGGGCGCAUCGGCGGAGGUGCAAAUCUCACUGCGUGCUAGCGGCACGUCCGGUCCUUCCGCAAAGGCGCAGCCCAUUCCGAUAGAACCAUUCUCUGUGAAUAAGGACAUGGGCAGGAUACUGAUACGCCGUGGUGGUGAGACCAUCGUAGCAGGCAUCGUCCUGGAACUUACUCAAUGA